AUGGAGAGGAGCCGUGGCAUCCCUGACCAGGAAAUGUUCCUGAGCAGACCGGCUCCGGAUGGGUGCGGCGACAGCCCCACUGUCGAGCCCUUGCGCAUCUUCAAACCAAAGAGCCCAGAGCCGGCUGGCCGGAGCUCUGCUGCCUCUCCCGCAGGCCGGCCUUCGUUCCCUCUGCCUCCCGGUGCCUCGAGCUCCGCAGCCCCUCUCCCUUUCCCCGACGACGACGACGACGACGACGGCGACGUGCGCAAACCGACUCCGCCGAGGCCAUAUGGUUCCGCGUACAACGACGCAGCGCCUCGUCUCGACACCGCUCUCGCCGAGAAACGGCCGGGCUUGGCUGAGAGAAGAGGCGCGCCGCCAAAGGUCAUUCAUUCACCUUCGAGCCCCGAAGCCGACCAAGGCCUGCUUCUGCUUGCGCGGCCUUUGCCGGAGCAGGGCCGCCCCAAUCCUGCUGGUGCAAACUAUCCGAGCUAUCAAAGGGUCUACUACCCGCCCCCGGGCGCCGCUUCAACGGCUGCCUCGUCCAACCAUGCCGCUUCUUCUUCGGUGCCGCCUCCCAUUAGCGAGCAUGACGACCACGGCGUGAACCGGUUUGCCUCAACCGCCUCCAACUCCACCACGCGCGCGAGCCGCGGCUCCCCCCCGCCCCCGGAGACUCCCGUCGUCGAGCCGGGGAACGUGCCCGGGGGUGGGAUCGAGGCCCGGUACGCUGCCUCCGGCAUCGCUGGAACCGCGACUCUCACCAGCUUGCAGGCUCAUCAGGCACAGAGCGCUGCCGCUGCCCAAAGGCUCGCGCAGUACGGACACCAGGCCCCUCCCCAGAGACCCUGGACGCCAACAGAGGCACCAGAUCAGGCUCCCUCAGGGCAGCCUACUGUAUACCAGGGUGCGAAUGUCCUGUCUAGCCCUGAGCCGCGGCCGGGCGCCACGUCAGCCCCUCCGCAGCAGCAGCAGCAGCAGCAGCAGCAGCCGCCGAGUUCGCAUCAACCCCAGAGGCAGAAUCAAGGCGGGGGGGAUGCACCUGCACCGCUGCAGGUCAGCGUUUUGGAGCAGGAUUUCCAGCGCAUGGGGACCAAGACGCCGCCUCCAGCCUACUCGAGCGUCAACCCCAACGGCAGCUCGGCAUAUCCGAGAGACAAGCAGCAACGGCCUCAACAAGCCCCCGGAAUCGUUGCCGCCGCGACGAGGCCGCAAACCGCUCCUCCCGCUGGGGCGCAAGCCUCGGCAGCACCACCGCCGUCGUCGUCGGCGUCGCCGCCACCUGCCAAGCCGGUCGCCCCUGUCGCCGUCGCUGUCGCUGCUGCCGCGGCCGCGGGACUGGCGUCACCAGCCCUCCAACACCCCGGACAUCCAGCCUUUGCAAACGACCCACGGCCGGACCCGAAUGGACAGCCGCUGCAGUCCCCCAGCCCUUCCACCAUCUCGCUGCAGACUCAGACGGCCACGCCCGCUUCUCCUCCUCCUUUGCCGGAGGGAUGGAUCGCUCAUCUCGACCAGAACUCCGGCCAGUACUACUAUAUCCAUCUUGCGACCCAGGCAACGCAAUGGGAGUUCCCCAAGGGCCCCAACCCUAUUCAGCACGAGCAGACGCCAUUGUCGCCUACUGCUUCGACGUACGGAAACCCCUUGACCUCUCCUCUUUUCGGCAAGCAGGCCAUGGGGUCGCCUCUAUUCGCCCCCCACACACCAGGGUAUGCCGAGAGCAUCAUGAGCGUCGCCUCUCACGCGCCCACGGCGGCUGGGUUUUCCGGGCCGCCCCCUGGCUCAGGCGUGGACAUGUACAGGAUCCAUCCCACCAACGGGGUGUAUUUCGGCCCAUACCUGCGCUAUGUCAACAUGGACGUGGAGAAUGGCGUGUGGCUGGGCAGCAUCCUCCUCGUGACGGACGCGCCUCAGCCUCCGACGAUCCACGUGCAUCUCAGCGUCGACCUCUCUCCGAACCCGAAGCAGCUCCAGCCUCGGCCCAUCUGCACGCACCAGCGGUGGACCUUUUACAGGUACGAUCUGGAGCUGCCGAUGAGCGAGUGCGGGACGGAGAGAUGGACGUACGCGGUCACGUCCCACCUUGGCUGCACCCGGUACGAGUUUGUAGUUGCAGGUCGGUAUGAAACCGGAUGGCGGUUCAUCGCGCACUCGGGCAACGACUUUGCGGCCGGGACGUCGCAGAACGAGAGAGCCCGCCUCGGCGGCGUGGGCUUCAUGUGGAAGGACGUCCUGCAGAAGAAUGUGGACUGCGGCGGGUUCCACGUCCAGCUUGGGCUGGGCGAUCAGAUCUACGGCGAUAGGCUUUGGAGAGAGGUCCCGCUGCUCAAGCAAUGGCUGGCGAUGAGCGGCAGGGAGAACAAGAAGAACGUGCAGUGGACGGCCCGCCACGAAGAGGACGUAUCGCAUGCCUACUUUCACUUCUACACGAGCCACUUUGAUCAGCCCUUUUUGAGAGAAGCCUUUGCGCAAAUCCCCCACGUAUUGCAGAUGAACGACCACGACAUCUUUGACGGAUAUGGGUCUUACCCAGAGUACAUGCAGUCCUCGGCGAUAUUCAAAAACAUCGGCCGCAUCGCGACCGACAUGUACCUCCUGUUCCAGCACCACACGACGGCGGAAAUCAUGCGGCACGUCCGGACCGACCACGACGUCUUCACCAUCACCGGGACAGGGUGGCACUUUGUCAAGUACCUCGGCCCCGCCGUCGCCGUCGUCGGGCCGGACUGCCGGUCCGAGCGCACCCAGGCCCGCGUCAUGGCCGGCCAGACGUACCAGGGCAUCUUUCCCAAGGUGGCCACGCUGCCCCCGAGCGUCCAGCACGUCGUGUGGAUGCUGUCGGUGCCGCUCGUGUACCCCCGGCUGGACGCGGUGGAGAGCCUGGCCAACACCGUCGCGGCCGGCAAGAAGGCCGUCAACACGACGUACAACAUCCUCGGCAAGGUGACGAGCUCGGUGGCCGGCGUCGUCGGGGGCAAGGAGGCCGUCGCCAUGGGCUUCUCGCAGGUCAAGAAGGCCGUCGGCAAGGGGGGCCUGAUGGGCAACGUGCUCAACCACUUUGGCGAGCUGGACAUCCAGGAGGUGCUCAAGGACAUGUGGACCCACGAGACCAAGGACCUGGAGCGGACGUACCUGAUCCGCACGCUGCAGGGCAUCGCGCAGCAAAAGGGCGUCCGGAUGACCUUUUUAUCAGGCGAUGUCGCGGCCUCGGGCGCCGGCCUGCUCCACGACCCGACGCACCCCAACGACCACAAGACCAUGUACCAGAUCAUCUCGUCGCCCAUCGUCAGCGCCCCGCAGGGCGGCUACCUGCUCAAGAUGCUGCACAACCAGAAGACGCUGUACGUGCCCCGCAACGGCCACAAGUCGACCCACGAGGUGUCCGACACCAAGGAGGACAUGAUGGAGAUAUUCCACACCGACGCCAGCGGAGCCGGCCGCGAGAUGAAGAAGCUCAUGGGCCGCAGGAACUACGUCGCCCUUGUGGCGUUUGACCAGGAGGCGGCGGCGGCGGCGAGCCAAGGACCGUUCAGCCCGAAUCCCAGCAUCGGCAGCGGCAGUCAGCACGGGCUGGCGAAGCUCAGCCUGGCGGUGGACUUUGUCGUGCAGGGAGACGGGGCCUACACGGCUACGACCAAGUACGGGCCCGUCAUCAUUCCGCAUCUCGAGUAUGGGAGGUAG